AUGGAAUCAGACUUGAUUAAACAUCAAAGAAUUCAUGAAAGAAAGAAAAGUAAUGAACAUGAGAAAUGUGCCUUUAUUCAUGACUCUGAAAUUACUAAACCUCAGAGCAUUAAUACUGGUGAGAAAGCUCAUAAAUGUAAAGAAUGUGGGAAAGCCUUUCAUUCUAGCUCACAACUUACAAAACAUCAAAGGAUUCAUAUUGGUGAGAAACCCUAUAAAUGUAAGGAGUGUGAGAAGGCAUUUCCAUCUACCUCACAACUUAAUUUACAUCAGAGAAUUCAUACAGAUGAGAAAUACUAUGAAUGUAAGGAAUGUGGAAAAGCCUUCACCCGUCCCUCACACCUUUUUCGACAUCAGAGAAUCCAUACAGGUGAGAAACCCCAUAAAUGUAAGGAAUGUGGCAAAGCUUUUCGUUAUGAUACACAGCUUAGUCUUCAUCAAAUAAUUCAUACUGGUGAAAGACGCUAUGAAUGUAAAGAAUGUGGAAAGGCAUAUAGUUGUGCCUCACAACUGAAUCUGCAUCAAAGAAUUCAUACUGGUGAGAAACCUCAUAAAUGUAAGGAGUGUGGGAAAGCUUUUAUCUCUGAUUCACAUCUUAUUCGACAUCAGAGUGUUCAUACUGGUGAGAAACCAUAUAAAUGUAAGGAAUGUGGGAAGUCCUUUCGCCGUGGCUCAGAACUUACUCGACAUCAGAGAGCUCACAGUGGUGAGAAACCCUAUAAAUGUAAGGAAUGUGGAAUGGCCUUUACUUGUAGCACAGAACUUAUUCGACAUAAAAAAAUUCACACUGGUGAGAGACCCCAUAAAUGUAAGGAAUGUGAGAAAGCUUUUAUUAGAAGGUCAGAACUUAUUCAUCACCAGAGAAGUCAUACUGGUGAAAAACCAUAUGAGUGUAAGGAAUGUGGGAAGGCCUUUGGUCGCAGCUCAGAACUUAAUCGACACCAGAAAAUUCACACUGGUGAGAAACCUUAUGAAUGUAAGCAAUGUGGAAAAGCCUUUAUUCGUGGCUCACACCUUAGUCAACAUCAAAAAAUUCAUGCAGCAUAA